AAGCUUGCAGAAAAAUAAAGAUUAAAAGAUUAUCUAUUAUUCUAACUGGCAUCAGCUGUUUUAUUCUCAUGAAAAGUUAUGUGAAAGAUUAUAUACCUUAAUUCACAGUUUCUUCUUAUUAAAGCAAGGAGACAAUAAUAGUUUCAACAGGCUAUCAUGAAGACCUAUACUUAUUUGCUCAUCUGCAGUGCUUUAAUCUCAAGCUGCUUGACGUUGGAUUGUCCUGAUUGUGAUAAGAGCCUCUGCAAAGAGGUGGAACCUUGCCGACAUGGAACUACGACUGAUGUCUGUGGAUGCUGUCCAGCCUGUUAUAAAGGUAUAGGAGAAGAAUGUGGUGGUCCAUGGAAUGUGAAAGGCGUGUGCGCUGGCCACCUAUCCUGUAUUCGAAAUCCAAGUAAAAACGAAAAAUUGAAUCCAAUCGAAGAAUUCAACAGAACUGGAAAAUGCCUAGCGUUACCUUAAAAUUCUUAAUAAGGAAUGUUUACUUGUAGACUUCAAUAAAUACUCAGCGUUUUGAA